CUACUGACUUGUUUCUUUUUUCUCAUUUUCUUUAUCUCUCAUGCUCUCAUAACAUCAAUUGAAAGCCAAUGCAAAGAAACAAAAACAAAGAAAAAUAAAAGUAAAACAUGAAUGUUGCUGCAAGUUUUGAGGCACAUGAUUCUGAGUUCAUAGAAGUUGAUCCUACAGGAAGAUAUGGAAGAUACAAUGAAAUUCUUGGCAAAGGAGCUUCCAAGACAGUGUAUAGAGCAUUUGAUGAGUAUGAUGGAAUAGAAGUAGCAUGGAAUCAAGUAAAGCUUUAUGAUUUUUUGAAAAAUCCUCAAGACCUUGAGAGAUUAUACUGUGAAAUUCAUCUUCUCAAGACAUUGAAGCAUAAGAACAUCAUGAAGUUCUACACUUCUUGGGUUGAUACUACCAAUAGACACAUAAACUUUGUCACUGAGAUGUUCACAUCUGGGACUUUAAGACAGUACAGACUUAAACACAAAAAAGUUAACAUAAGAGCUGUUAAGCAUUGGUGCAGACAGAUUUUGGAAGGUCUCCUCUAUCUCCAUAGCCAGGACCCUCCUGUGAUUCAUAGAGAUCUCAAAUGCGAUAACAUUUUCAUCAAUGGUAACCAAGGAGAAGUCAAAAUCGGUGACCUUGGCCUUGCUGCAAUUCUCCGCAGAUCAAAUGCUGUUCAUUGCGUUGGAACACCCGAGUUUAUGGCUCCCGAAGUGUAUGAAGAACAUUACAACGAAUUGGUUGACAUAUACGCUUUCGGAAUGUGUAUAUUGGAGAUGGUCACCUUUGAGUAUCCUUAUAGCGAAUGCAACCAUCCGGCUCAAAUUUACAAAAAAGUUGUCUCUGGAAAAAUGCCAGAAUCACUUUACAAAGUAAAUGAUCUAGAGGUUAAGCAGUUUGUAGAGAAAUGCUUGGCAACUGUAUCCCUUAGGCUUUCAGCCAGGGAACUCUUAGAUGACCCUUUUCUCCAAAUUGAUGAUUAUGGAUCUGAGUUAAAAGAAUUUCAGUAUCAAAGAGGUUGCUAUGAAGUAAAACCAACAAUUAGACAAACGGUGAAUGGAAGUUAUAGCAAUAGCUUAAUGAGUUUGUACACUGAUAAUUCUGGUGGUUAUCACAAUGAUUUUGAUCUCUUUGAUUGUGAAGAGGAUGAUAAUUUGGAUGAAGUUGACACCUCAAUCAAAGGUAGGAGAAGAGAUGAUGGCAUCUUUCUGAGAAUCAGAAUACCAGAUAAAGAAGGUCGAGUUCGAAACAUCUACUUCCCGUUCGACACGGAGACUGAUACCGCAUUGAGUGUUGCGUAUGAAAUGGUAGCCGAGCUUGACAUAACUGACCAAAAUUUAACAAAAUUAGCGAAUAUGAUAGAUAAUGAAAUCGCAACUUUGGUACCGGGAUGGAAAAUGGGACCAAGAAUUGAUGAAGUUUCAGAAGCUUCAAGCGCAAGUUUCUGUCUCAACUGUGCUGCAAACAAUACCUUAGUUGAUUAUGUAUCAUCGAAUAGUCCAUGUGCCAAGAAGCUUCAAUUUUUCCAUUGUUCUAAAAACGGAUGUGCCGCGGUUCACGGCCGAUUCGAGGAGAUUACGUAUCAAUACGAAGGGUCUGCAAACACUGCUACUGAAGGUGAACCGCCAAGUCAAUCCAAUGGCAUUCAUUACGCAGAUAUCUGCGGUCAGCGAGACGAACGAGAGUCAAAUCAUGAAGAAUUGAAAGACAUUCAUUGUGAUAAAUCUCAUGAGAUAUCUAAACUAUCACUCAUAAAGGAGGAUGAAGAGGAGAAUAGUGACCAAAUUUAUCUUAAUACCAAAAAGCCUCCUUCUAGCCCUGCAGCAUCAGAAUGUUCAUUAUUCUUGGACUAUGAAAAUGAUAUAAGGCAUGAACUACGAUGGCUCAAAGCAAAGUACCAAAUGCAUUUAAGAGAGCUUAGAGGCCAUCAACUAGGUAGUAGUAGUAGUACUAAACCAAAAUCUACUUGCACAUCUCCUGAAAAAUUACAUAACAAUAACUCAUUAUUGAUGUCUAUCGCUUAUAAGAAUUUUUCAGUCGAUGCUGCAAGGCGCAACACUCUGGACGACCAAAUUAUUCCAAGUAUUGCUUGUAAUACAAGUCAUCCUAACAAUUCUCAACAAAUGGUCACGGCCAAGGAUUUCUUUGCAGGAGCAUUGCUUCCAAACUCGCUUCAAAGGGCAACCUCGCUUCCGGUCGAUGCAGUUGAUGUCUAGAUAGAAUCUGGAAAUACGUUUUCUCAUCAGAAGAUGGCACCAACGUAAACAUACUUAUAAGGGUCACCUUGUUUAUAGCUUAGUGCAUGUUUGGAUUUGCAGUGAAUUUGGCGAAAUCACACUGAUACGCCUUGAUUCUGCUAAAAUCACUGUUAGUCCAAACAUGUACUUUAUGGUACCCGUUUUCUUGUAAGGUUCUUGACAAGGUAUGAGAAAAUUUCAGAUGUAAAUCAUAGGAGACUAACACAAUCACAUAAAUGUAAGAUAGUUUUCCCUUGAGUUGCUGAAUUGCAGAUCCAUCUACUAUAUAGUAUGAAGUUUUCAAGAGGCUAGACUUGGUUCAUGAUAUCAUGCAUUAUUUGAUAUAUUUAUAUUAUGACAAGUUUUUAUGUAAUAUACAAGAUUUUAUCUAUUUA